CCAAACGCACUUGGUGAUAUUUACCGUUCAUGGAUCUGAACAGACUCGAGUCAUUUCUGUCCCGGAUCAAUAGAAGAUCAAAGACGGAUUCUGACGUUCAUGGGGAACCGAACCCGCUCCUGUUUGGACCAUCCUCGCUCUAAAGUUCUGCUUAUGUCAAACGCACUGAAAGGUUCUGGUUCUGAUGACGUCAAAUGAGUGACCGUCCGCACGGCCAAUGCGGGACGCGGAGCGCGGUUCUGUGGACCAAUCAGAGCCGUGACUGCAGUCUGCCCCGCGCGGACGACGGUCAGCACGAGCCGCUUCAGCACCGGGGAGCUGUCCGCCGCGCACGAGCCUGCGAACGCAGACGGGGAUCAGGUGAGGAUGGCCAAAGUGAAGCAGGUGGGGCUGCUGGCGGCCGGCUGCCAGCCCUGGAACAAAGACGUGUGCGCCGCCAGUGGAGACCGCUUCGCCUACUGCGCCACUCUGGCCAUUUACAUCUACCAGCUGGACCAGCAGUACAACCAGUUCAAGCUGCGGUCCAUCAUGUCUGAGCACAAGAAGACCAUCACAGCCAUCAGCUGGUGUCCCGACAACCCCGACCUGUUCGCCUCGGCGUCCGCCGAUAACCUGCUGAUCGUCUGGAAUGUGGCGGAGAAGAAAGCUGUGGCGAGAUUGGACAACACAAAAGGCGUUCCCGUGUCGGUCAGCUGGUGCUGGAACUCGGCGGAUGGGGUGGCGUUCGUGUCCCAGAGAGGUCCUCUGUACGUCUGGGCCUACAGGGGCCCUGACCCCGGGGUCACCGUGCACAAAGAGGCGCACUCCUUCCUGUCUGACAUCUGUCUGUUCCGGUGGCAUCCCACCAAGAAGGGCAAGCUGGUGUUCGGACACACGGACGGAAGUCUGUCGGUUUUCCAGCCAGGCAGCAAAAGCCAGAAGCACGUGCUGCGGCCCGAGUCUUUGGAAGGCACGGACGAGGAGGACCCGGUCAGCGCCCUGGAGUGGGACCCUCUGUCCUCCGACUACCUGCUAGUGUCCAAUCUCCACAACGGCAUCCGUCUGGUGGACAGCGAGGCGCUGACCUGCAUCACGUCCUUCUGCUUCCCCUCGUCUGCAGCUUCGGUUCAGUGUCUGGCUUGGGUUCCUUCGGCGCCCGGCAUGUUCAUCACAGGAGACUCGCAGGUCGGCGUGCUGAGAGUUUGGAACGUGUCUCGCUCCACGCCACUGGACAGCUUCAAGCUGAAGAAGACCGGGUUCCACGCUCUGCACGUCCUUCACUCCCCACUCAGCAAGAAAGCUCAGAGCUCCAAUUCUCCCAGUAAGAACCAGCACACCAGCUCCACCAGCGAGGCCGUGCCCCCCCCAACCCUGUCUCAGAACCGCUCCUUCUCUCUGCCCCCCGGCCACGCCGUCUGCUGCUUCAUGGAUGGGGGGGUGGGGCUCUAUGACAUGGGCGCCAAGAAGUGGGACUUCCUGCGAGACCUGGGUCACGUGGAAACCAUAUUUGACUGCAAGUUCAAGCCUGACGACCCCAACCUGCUGGCCACCGCCAGCUUUGACGGAACCAUCAAGAUCUGGGACACCAACACGUUGACGGCGGUCAACACCUCCCCCGGCAACGAGGGCGUGGUCUACUCGCUGUCCUGGGCUCCAGGAGACCUGAACUGCAUCGCUGGAGCGACGUCUCGGAACGGAGCGUUCAUCUGGGACGUCCGCAAAGGGAAGAUCAUCACGCGCUUCAACGAGCACGGGAAGAACGGGAUCUUCUGCAUCUCCUGGAGCCACAAGGACUCCAAGAGGAUCGCCACCUGCAGCGGAGACGGGUUUUGCAUCAUCCGGACCAUCGACGGGAAGAUCCUGCACAAGUACAAACACCCGGCCGCCGUGUUCGGCUGCGACUGGAGCCAGAACAACAAAGACAUGAUCGCUACGGGCUGCGAGGAUAAGAACGUGCGAGUGUAUUACCUGGCCACCAGCUCAGACCAGCCUCUGAAGGUCUUCACGGGACACUUGGCGAAGGUCUUCCAUGUGCGCUGGUCCCCCCUCAGAGAGGGCAUCCUGUGCUCCGGAUCGGACGACGGCACCGUCCGAAUCUGGGAUUACACGCAGGACGCCUGCAUCAACGUGCUGAGCGGCCACACGGCGCCGGUCCGCGGCCUGAUGUGGAACACAGAGGUUCCGUACCUGCUCAUUUCAGGAUCCUGGGAUUACACCAUCAGAGUUUGGGACACCAGAGACGGGACGUGUCUGGAUACGGUCUACGACCACGGAGCAGACGUUUACGGUCUGACGUGCCACCAGAGCCGGCCGUUCACCAUGGCGAGCUGCAGCAGGGACAGCACGGUCCGGCUGUGGUCGCUCACGCCGCUCAUCUCGCCGCUGCUGCUCAACGUUCUGACGGAGCAGCCGUGGGAGAAGGUCAUUGGGAACACAGACAUGGCCAUGGUUCCCGGCGCACCGCCGCUGCUCUGCGGGAAGGUCUCCAGAGACGUGAAGCAGGAGCUGGACAAGCUGAGCGGAGAUGUGAGGGACAGGAAGCUGCGCUGGUUCUCCGAGUGUUUCUCCCCUCCAGGGGGCAGCAGUAACCUGUGGGACCUGGUGUUCGUCAUCAACGGUCAAGACGACUCGCUGCUGCCGCCCAGCUACAGCAAAGGAGUCAUGCACAUGAAGCACCUGCUCAAGUUCAAAACCUCAGAGGCUCAGGAGCUGACCAUCGUCAAGAUGUCCAAGUUCGGAGGAGGAAUCGGAGCGCCGAGCAAGGAGGAGCGCCUGAAGGAGGCGGCGGACAUCCACCUGAGGCUGGGGCAGAUCCAGAGGUACUGCGAGCUGAUGGUGGAGCUGGGACAGUGGGAGAAGGCGCUGUCCGUUGCUCCCGGCGUCUCCAUGAAGUACUGGAAGAAGCUGAUGCAGAGACGCGCCGACCAGCUGAUGGAGGAGGACAACGACGACGCCAUCCCGUUCUGCAUCGCUACCGGAGACGUGAAGAAGCUGGUGACGUUCUUCACUCGCCGCGGACAGCUGCUGGAGGCCCUCCUGAUCGCACAGGGAGCCUGCGAGGGAAACAUCCGGGCGCCGCAGACGAACGCCGUCAACCACAGCAGCAACGACGUGGAGAAGAGACAGCAGUUCCACAGUCUCCUCCAUGACGUCUGCACGGAGCUGGCCGAGUGGUACUUCCAGGACGGCUGCUCGGUUCUGGCCGCCUGCUGCCACCUGGCCGUGGACAACGUGAAGUUGGCCAUGGCCAGCCUGAUCCGAGGGAACGAGCUGGAGCUGGCGGCGUGCGUGGGCCUCGUCCUCGGAGAAGCAGCCAAUCAGAGCACGGCUUACUGCCUGGAGCUGCUGGCCAGGAAGUACAUGACCCCCUCGACAUGGACGCUGUCGGCCGACCUGCUGCAGAUGAUCCCCGGUAACCACGUCCUGCUGGUGAAGCUGUGCGCCUUCUACCCGGGCAGUCCUGCAGAGAUCCAGCAGCUGCACCAGAGGUGCGGGCUUCCGGCCCCUGAGGAUUGUGGGAGUUUGGCAGAAGAAGCUCUGAAGAAUGGAGAUUUGUUUUCUGCCGUGAAGCUCCAGCUGCUGAGCUCCGAACCCGAAGGCGCUCUGCAGAUCGGGAUCAGCCACGUUAAAGAGCAGCUGCUUGGAUCUGAUUGGACGGUGGACGUCGUUCAUCCGAUCCUGGACCUGCUGAGCUACAUCCGGACGGAGCGCCUGAUCAUGACCAAGACCACCGAAGCUCGCAGCGAGCUGCUGAUCCUGUGUGGUUACAUCGGCGCCCUGCUGGCCAUCAGGAGGAACUACGCCAGCAUCGUCCCUGCUCUGUACGAGUACACCAGUCAGCUGAUGAAGAGGAGGGAGGUCAGCGUUCCUCUGAAGAUCGAGCAGCUGUCCACGGAGCUGGACGCCUGGAGGUCCUGCUCGCAGACCGGCGGCAUCCCGCCGACUGAACAUCAGAGAGAAGAGUUCAGCAUCUUGCAGAGGAGACUGCAGCCCACUGACCCCGCUGUCUUGGUUCUGAGCGGCGCCAACUACGUGACGGGAUCCAACCUACCGAGCCACUCGGACCUUCAGCUGUCCUGCUUCACCGGACAGAGGAUCCAGGGUCCCGUCUUCCUGCUGGAGGACAACAAAUCCGCCAUCUCGCUGAACGACGCUCUGAUGUGGGCCAAGGUCAACCCCUUCUCCCCCCUGGGGACAGGACUGCGCAUCAACCCCUUCUAAGGGGGAGGGGGCAGUUCUGGUGAACGUCGGGGGUCCAAACCAAAACUCUGGAUCAGAACCCCCCAAAAGAAAACAUCAGGACGAGUGGAUCCAGAGAGACUGUUCACCUAUCAGGAGGAGGUGGCUCAGUUCUGCGCCUCCUCCUCACCUCCUCUUCAUCUCCUCUUCUCUUCUUCAUCUCCUCCUCACCUCCUCUUCAUCUCCUCUUCCCCUCCUCCUCACCUCCUCUUCACCUCCUCUUCA